GUAACAUACACUGCCCAAUUAUUUAAAGUAAUAUACCCAGCCAAAACUAUGUUGUGCGUAUUCGAAAGCUGCUCAACUAAUAAGCAAAGUCGUAGGAAAAAUAUUAAAAAAGGAGUGCAGUUUAUACCUUUCCCUACCACGGACUUCAGCGACGAAGGGCUACGACGGCUUGCAAAAAAACGACUUCAUUGGUGGUGCCGGAUCGUCGGGGUGGAUUAUACUGAUACGUUAUUGAACCAACUGCAUGUUUGCUCGCUACAUUUUGUUAAAGGCACUGCUGCACAACUUUGGGAUACCUUCAGUCCUGACUGGAUUCCAACGUUGUCUAUCCCGGUGGGAACAGUGAAUCGAUUGCAUCCCUUACCGGGGGAAAGUUGUGACGAUUUCAUCAAAAGUGAACAACAUUCCGAAGAAACAAUAGCAAACCCACUACUGGACGAAGCUCCCGAUCCGGUAGCACUACGCACCGAACUGAUCGACGAACUCAUUGCGUAUCCGAUCGGUCGUACUUACCAUCUGCUAAAUGAUGAAAGUGAAAGUUCUCCAGCGACCCCGUAUGAUGUUAAAAAUCUCGCCAAUACGUUAAAAGGAUGCCUUACACGAUCCUCGAACAUAGGGAAGAUGGUGUUUACAACUAACGCACCCCAUGUCCCGGAGCGAAUGUUCUCCGGUAAUAGUAGCAUAACAUCAGUAGAUUUAACGACCGAGCCCCGGUGGGAAACUGAGAGAAAUAUUAUGAAACUGCAAAACAGUGUUCUAGGCUUAAUCACAAUGUUUGAUGAAAAUGAAUGACCUUAGACAUCGUAUCUAUUGAAAUGGAUUUAUUUAUUCGCUACGAAA